UUUAAGUUUUUGUGCUUGUACGUGGUGAAGUUUGACGAGAGGACGAAGAGGCGAAGUUUUGAAGUUUUUUUGACGUGUUGGAACAGUGACAAAUCUUAUUGACCAAUAUGAGCUCAGGAGUGGAGUGCUAUCGCUGCCAUGAAACGGGGCACAUCUCGCGGGAAUGUCCGAACAAUGAUGGUGGUGGCGGCGGAAGAGGUGGUCCACGCGGAGGAGGCGGCGAUGGAGGACAAUCCAAGUGCUACAACUGCGGACGCUAUGGACAUUUUGCACGUGAAUGCAGAAGUGGAGGCGACGGAGGUGGAGGCGGACGUCGUGAUGACCGUGGUGGAGGACGUGGUGGUGGCGGAGGAGGCGGCGGCGGCAAGUGUUAUAACUGCGGCGGUUUUGGACACUAUGCUCGUGAUUGUGAAGGAGGAGACGGUGGUGGCGGAGGAGGAGGUCGCGAUCGUGGAGGACGUGAUGACCGUGGUGGUGGAGGACGUGGAGGGGAUAUGAAGUGCUACAACUGUAACAAGUAUGGCCACAUGUCUCGUGAUUGUCCUGAAGGCGGUGGUGGUGGCCGUCGUGGCGGUGGAGGUGGUGGUGGCAAUCGUAAUUGUUACAAUUGCGGACAGGAUGGUUAGGAAUUUUUUCUUUGGGCUGGGAAUUUAUGGGCUUUCCUUCCUUUUCCCCUCUAUUGUUUAUGGCAAAAGGGAGGCAAUUAAAAGUAUAAGGGAUGCAAGUUUGAGAGAAAUUGGGAAGAAUGGGGUCACUUAAGACGAAUGGGGUCACCUUCCUUGGGGUCACCUUCGGGACGAAUGGGGUCACCUUCUCAAAAAUAAAGAG